AGCAAAAACAAAAGAAGGCGUUGACGCUAUGCCACGUAAGAGUGGUCCCGCCCCCUGGCACGUCAAUCCAGUGUAGUUGUCCAGCCUGCUUCUUUAGAGGCUUCGAGUGAAACAUCCCAUCAAAGAUGGCCUCUCGGACUCUAAAAGCGGUUAAAUGCCCCACAGAUGAACUGUCGUUGACCAACUGUGCAGUCAUCAGUGACAAAGAGCAGCACAUUGAACCACACGUAACCGUUUACAACGGGAAAGGAGAGUUUGUGUUCACCCUGAAGAAGCAUCCUGAAGUGAGCAGCGGCUCCAUCGCUUUUAGCCUGCCACAGAGAAAGUGGGCGGGGAUUGUCCUGGGAGAUGACUUCAAAGUGACCAACUACAAGUUCGACAAGUCUAAGGACUGCAUAAGCGUCAUGACCAUGGAGAUCGACUUCCUGCAGAAGAAGUUUAUUGACAGCAGCCCGUUUGACUCGGACAAGAUGGCCAGCGAGUUGGUCCAGCACUUUGAUAACCAAGCCUUCACUGUUGGCCAGCAGCUGGUGUUUAGUUUUGCUGACAAGCUGUUUAGCUUGGUGGUCAAAGAGAUUGAGGCCAUGGAUGCCGGCAUCUUAAAGGGAGAACGACAGGCGGGGACAGCCAAGAAAAAGAUUGGUUUGUUGCUGGCGAACAGUCAGGUGAUUUUUGAGAAGUCUGAGAAUUCAGCUGUGGUCCUCAUCGGGAAAUCCAAAACUCGAGAAGCUCGCCAGUCCAUCAUCAGCCCAGACUGGAACUUCGAGAAGAUGGGCAUCGGCGGCCUCGACAAGGAGUUCUCUGAUAUUUUCCGAAGAGCCUUUGCCUCCCGAGUCUUCCCUCCAGACAUCAUCGAACAGAUGGGCUGUAAACACGUCAAGGGAAUCCUGUUGUUCGGACCACCAGGCUGCGGCAAGACCCUAAUGGCUCGGCAAAUUGGCAAAAUGCUGAAGGCCAGAGAGCCGAAGAUCGUCAACGGGCCAGAGAUUCUCAACAAAUAUGUCGGCGAGUCUGAGGCAAACAUCAGGAAGCUGUUUGCAGAUGCAGAGGAGGAGCAGAAGAGGCUCGGUGCAAACAGCGGCCUUCACAUCAUCAUAUUCGAUGAGAUUGACGCCAUCUGCAAGCAGCGUGGCAGCAUGGCGGGCAGCACAGGAGUCCACGACACCGUGGUCAACCAGCUGCUGUCCAAGAUUGACGGCGUGGAGCAGCUCAACAACAUCCUGGUCAUAGGUAUGACCAACAGACCUGACCUGAUAGAUGAAGCCUUACUGAGGCCGGGAAGAUUGGAGGUCAAGAUGGAGAUUGGCUAGCAGCACAGUAGAGGUGGACAUCCAGACUGCAGAGAAGCUUCUUGUCAACAGGCUGGACUUCAUGGCUGCACUGAAUAACGACAUCAAACCGGCCUUUGGAACCAACCAGGAGGAUUAUGCCAGCUAUAUCAUGAAUGGUAUAGUCCGCUGGGGUCAUCCCGUCUCUGAGGUCCUGGAGGAUGGAGAGCUGCUGGUGCAGCAGACGAAGAACAGUGACCGAACGCCGCUGGUGUCUGUGCUUCUGGAAGGCCCGGCUAACAGUGGGAAAACAGCAUUAGCAGCUAAAAUUUCUGAAGAUUCUGAGUUCCCCUUCAUCAAGAUCUGCUCCCCAGACAAGAUGAUUGGAUUCUCUGAGACUGCUAAGUGCCAAGCAAUCAAAAAGAUUUUUGAAGAUGCAUACAAAUCCCAGCUGAGCUGCGUGGUUGUGGAUGACAUUGAACGUUUGUUGGACUACGUCCCCAUCGGACCUCGCUUCUCCAACCUGGUGCUGCAAGCGCUGCUGGUGCUGCUGAAGAAACCGCCCCCUAAGGGUCGUAAGCUGCUGAUCAUCGGCACCACGAGUCGUAAAGAUGUUCUUCAGGAAAUGGAGAUGUUAGACGCUUUCAGCACCACCAUCCACAUUCCCAACAUUUCUGGAGGGGAGCAGUUGGUCCGAGCCCUGGAGCUGCUCGACUCUUUCCAGGAGAAAGAGCGCAGCGCCAUCGCCAACAAAGUGAAGGGCCAAACCCUGUGGAUCGGCAUCAAGAAACUACUCAUGUUAAUUGAGAUGGCAGCUCAGAUGGAUCCCAACAACAGAGUUGACAAGUUCUUAAGUCUACUGACGGAGGAAGGAGGAUUGAACUCCAAUAUGUUUAGAACUGCCUAAACUGAGUGGCGCCACACAGGGAAAAAGAGGCAUCCUUUACUGGAGCAAACAUGAAGGCGGCUGGCAGGAGGAAACGAGCAGAAGAAAUCUUCCGUCUUUCUCUGCAUCCUUUCUUUCUUCCCGUCCCUAAAACUCUGAGUGCCGGGGGGUCAUGUCGUGUACCUGGGCUGGACCCUGUCUAGUGCCUGAAAGGCUGUCCUGCAGAUGUCUGCAGUGGAGUCUUUGGACAAGACACUUUCUGGAGACGUCUCAGAGUUUAACCUGUGUGUCACCUGAAGUUCUUCCUAAAACACUUAUUUGAGUUUCAUUAAUUGUUUCCGAUCAGUUUUUCUUUUCUAAAUAUCAAUAAGCUCUUUAUCAAUAAAUCUGUAAUUGAUGAAAUCAUAAAAUGGCAUCCUAUAAUUUUAACCUAAUUGCCUCCUGAACAUUUUGAGACGUGUACUUUAUUUUGAAAGUUGUGGGCUGGCUGUUUUUUUGAUGCAAGUCUGCUUCAUAAUAAAACUUUAAAAUUGGG